AUGUCCCACAGCAAGCGCAACACGUCGCGGGCCGUCUUCACGUCGCACGAGCGGGCGCAGGCCAAGGCGGCGUGGGGCCAGACGUCGGCGCGGCUGACGCGCGAGUCGAUGCUGGCCUUCGCCGCGUGCCGGCUGUGCCUGGAGCCCGCCGAGGACCCCGUGGCCUGCGCCUCGCACGGCGACGUCUUCUGCCGCGAGUGCGCCCUCAGCAACAUCCUGGCCCAGAAGAAGGAGAUCAAGCGCCUGGCCCGCGCCGCCGAGCUCGAGGCCCGCGCCCGCGACGAGGACGAGGGCCGCCGCGACGCCGAAGCCCGCGACCGCGAGGUCCGCGAGUUCGAGCGCACUCUGAGCGGCGUCGGGGACGGCGAGGACCGGAAGCGGAGCCUGCUACAGCAGCAGCAGCAGCAGCAACAACGGGACGAGGCCGAACGGAGCAGUAGUAACAGUGCGCGCCCCGCCAAGCGGAAGUUCGAGAUGGACGAGGAGGAGCUGCAGCGGAUCGCGGCCGAAGACCGGGCCAAGGCGCGGAAGGCGCUCGACGACGAGAGGGCCGCCAAGCCCAAGCUGCCGUCGUUCUGGACGCCGUCGAUCACGCCGUCGUCGAACACCAACGACGUGCUGCACGAGGUGGCCAAGAAGGCCAAGACGGCGCCCGUGUGCCCGGCGUCCCUGGAGAACAGCCCGCACCCGUACUCGCUGGCGGCGCUGGUGACGGUGCAGUUCACCGAGGAGGACGACGAGAAGACGCGGCGCAAGCAGCGCGUCUGCCCGUCGUGCAAAAAGGUGCUGAGCAAUGCCUCCAAGGCCAUGCUCGCCAAGCCCUGCGGGCACGUCGUGUGCCGGAGCUGCGUCGACCGCUUCAUGCGGCCCGCGGGCCACCACGACCCGCACGCCGAGGACGAGGCCGACCCCGAGGCCCUGCGGUGCUACGUCUGCGACGCGGACCUGGCGGACAAGCCGCCGGCCGGGGGCAAGGGGGAGAAGGCCAAGAAGAAGGACAAGGAGAAGGACAAGAUCCGGCCCGGGCUCGUCGAGAUCAGCAGCGAGGGCACGGGCUUCUCGGCCGGCGGCGCCAGCCAGGUCAAGAAGGUCGGCGUGGCGUUCCAGUGCUGA